CAAAUAAAUAUAUAGCGCCUUUUGGAAAAUUCUCUUCAUUCCUAUUGAAUAUUGGAUACAACUCAACUUCUUAAAAUACUUACUAAUGAUGGAGGACGACAACCAACAACUCCUCCAGCCUUUCAUAUCCUCCUCCACCUCCACAGCUGACGCCGCCGCCGUUGACGUCAUCUCCACCACAUCUCCAGCUAUUGCCGGAAUCAUCUUCUCAUCAUCAUCAUCAGCAACAACAACAAAUAGUUAUGGAAUCAUUCUUCGAGUAGCUUUCGUCGUCUCCAUUGGGGUCAUCUCCAUAUGGGCUAACCACGAAGCAUCCAAAGGAUUCUCAAUAUCCAUCAUCAACGGACCCGGCCGCGACAAACCAGCCGGAAAACGUUUCGAUCUUUUCUACUUGUCGAACGAUGAAGCUUCCCGGUUAGUCCUCUCCACGAGCAAAUUUGUGGAGGAUUUCCUCUACCCUAGUUUAAACUACCCGAAGAAACAAGUCAGCCACGUCGUUCUCUGGUUGUCUAGCCAGAAUCUUAGUCAACCGGUCAUCGUUGACUCUGGGGAAGUCAAUGAUCAGUUCGUGAUUUAUAUUAGUCCUUCAGUUUUGGAGGGAAUUGAUUUCAAGCGCGCCAUUUAUGUCGCAAUGCAAAAAGGAAUGGUGCGUUUAUGGCUUUGGGAUGGAUUCGGAAAUGGUAACGCCCCAUCAAAUCUUGUGAAUGGCAUUGUUGAGUUUGUUAGUCAACAAGCAUUUUCCGGUGGAAGGUUCCGGCAGCCGGAUUCCGGAAGCUCCGACUUGGAAUAUUCAUCGGAACUGGAAGAAGGGCUAAAAAAUGAUUGUUGGAGGAGCAAGAAUCCGAAAGCCAUGGCAAGAUUCUUGAGUUAUUGUGAGAUGAAGAAACCGGGUUUUAUCCGACGGUUGAAUCGGGGAAUGAGAAAUGGAUGGCACGAUCAAAUGCUGGAUGAUGCAUUAUUAGGUUUGCAUGUUCGGGCUCCGUGUCAUUCUCAUCACAAUUCCUGAAGGAAAAAUCAAUCAAUCAUUUAGUUUAUUUCUUUUAUUUAUUUAUUUAUUUUUUUGUGUUGGGAAAUAUAUAUUCUUUCGAGAUUUUAAGAAACGAGGUAGAUUUCUUAUUUCUUUCCCUUUAAUUUCUUCCAAAGUUGUGAAGGAAGGUGCGAAACCAGGGAGUUUAAACAAAAUUAUAACUUUUAAAGAAAACAAUAUGUGUACAUUUUAUUGUUAUAAUUAUCUUUUUUAAAAAACUUAUUGUUAUAAUUAAGAUGAUAACUUUUUUGAAGUAAUGAUAUUCUUUUUUUUACUAUCAAUAUUAUUAUAUAUCAAACAAGUUGCA